CUCCUCACCACCCGGCCUCGAUGAAACAAGUGGGUCGCAGGUAGUUGUGGACAUGAAGAACAAUAGCAUACAUGAAGCAUGUCUGUACCUGGAGCUAUCCAAUCACACAGAGGACAAGAUCUUACCUCUACAUACAUCCAUUGUUUUAUUUUUAAUGUCCUACUGUGAAUCCACAUCAAUUAAUGUGUUCAUGGUGCCAAACGAAGACAGUGCUAGCAAUCUCUUGUGGAAGAAAGGAGUACCAGCCAACAUUCCUAUCAAAUUUCUUUCCCAGCAGGAGCUGCCUCCUGUGGUUAAGAGUUGUCGUUUGCCUGCUCUGGUGGAAAAGGAUGGAAAUUUUUGUCGAGCUGGUCUUGCUGUGGUAUUGAGACAUAUUAUAUGGAGGACCUGUGAAACAGACUGCAACAGAAAGGAUGUUUCAGAGCUGCUUGGCUUCAAAAAGACCUGUUUGAAGGCCUGUGCUGAGGUGAGCCAAUGGACCAGGCUGUGUGAAAUUAGCAUUCCGCUGGCUGUGGAAGGCUUUGUCAAAGAUUUAAGUGACCAGAGAGUGACUAUUCCACCUGAGAUACUACACCUUGAACACAAACUCGGGGAACCCGUACGCAUUCAUAAUGAUGACAAGAUUCGUCGGCAGAAGUUGCAACUCUUAUCCAAGGAAAGUAACAAAGAGUCCAUUGAAAGUGGAUCAGAAAGAUCACUGGGAUGUUUCUCAGAUGGAAGGGCUGAUGCACCUGGAGGAAGGAAGAAGGAAAACCAGGAUACUGACAUGGACAGCCUGGAACUGAAGACAGCUCUUUCUAAAUUAACUGUGGAGCAAGUACCAGCUGUGACCAACAGGGAGCAGUCCUGCAUAAGGAAAGUGAAGACAACUGACCUUCCACCACUGGAACAUAUCUUUGCUGAGGGACUUUAUUUCACUCUGACAGAUAUGGUGUUGCUGCCUUGUCUCCACUACUUUUUUGUUUCUCUUGGGGAUUGUCGAGACGAGACACUGAAAUCUUUGCCCUUACUGGCACGCUGGUACCAACGUGUUCAGGAAGUAUUUGGAGUGAAAAAGGCGGCUGCAAGCUGUGACAUUCAUCUUCUCAACCUCUCUGCUCCUUCGCCUUCCCCUGCUGUGGCAGUUUCGAGCUCUUGUGAACCUAAGAACGACAAGGAUGAAACCACAGACUUCCACUUCCGAGGUGGCCCAAGGCCCACCAUGAACAAGCUAGAAGAGAAUGGAAUUUCAGCACAUUUCACAUCACAUCCGUAUCCAUCGUGGAGCCUGGAUUGGGGAAACCUUCCAGUAGCUGUCAAUCCCAUAGAAGGAAGGCUGUCCUCCGAGCGUGCCCUACGGAAGCAGCAACAGUUGGACAACAUCAUCUCCAUUGUGACCAAACAAGCCAAUCCUGGUGAUACUAUUGUCGAUUUCUGCAGUGGUGGGGGACAUGUUGGGAUUGUUCUUGCUCACACUUUGCCGUUAUGCCAGGUGAUCUUAGUGGAAAACAAAGAAGAAUCCUUGAUACGUGCCAAGGACAGGUGUGAUGACCUGAAGUUAAACAACAUCUGGUUCAUCCAGGCUAAUCUGGAUUAUUUCACAGGACCAUUUGAGAUUGGUGUUGCACUUCAUGCAUGUGGAGUGGCAACGGACAUGGUGAUUGAUCAUUGCAAGAAGGCACAGGCAGCCUUUGUUAUCUCUCCAUGCUGUUAUGGCUUCAUACAGAACACAGUCAAGUUUUCUUUCCCCAGAAGCCAAAAGUUCAGGAGCAUAUUGUCAUAUAAGGAACACAUGAUUCUGUGCAGGUUUGCGGAUCAGACAGCUGUUCACCUCCCUCCAGAGCGCAAGAUAAUAGGGAAGAAGUGCAUGGGCCUGGUAGAUCUGGAUCGAGCUUGCUCAGCAGAGGAGUCUGGAUACAUGGCUUAUGUAUCGUCAAUGGAGCCAACCAGUUGUUCACCGAAAAACAAUCUGAUAGUGGGGAGUUUGUCAGGUCGUCAUCUCAAUUCAAUUGCAUAAUGUCACAAACCCAGCGAUCAAAGCACUAAGACAAGAGAGCCACGUUGUUACACUGUGACCUGCUUGUCAGAGGACAGCUUCUCUCAAUUAUCUUGCUCAGAAGUACGCUGGGGCUUUGUGUAGUCAAUAUCCUGCACAGCAUCUCUAAUUCAAUGUCUUCUUCUGCCCAAUGACUUCUGCUCAAUGGAAUGAGGUCCUCACACUUAUCUUGAAUGACAUAUCGGGAAAGUUAAUUUCCCAGCAAAUACUGCAAACCUCCUCCAGUUGUAUAGUUUAACCCAUUUUAGCAAAUGGCAUCUAUGCAUGUUCUUCACAUACUUAAAAAUCCCACUUUGUUUAAUUAUGCUUUACAAAGAUGAAAGUCACUGAAGCAUCAUGUAUACUUGAGCUGACCAAGAAAGGAACCAUUAAAUAUUUUUAUCCCUUUGCUUCAUGUCACACAGCAAAUCCACUUGGACUGCAAAAUUCAUGCUGUUCAGCUGUGUUUUAAAUGGAACCAGAAAGUAUGACCUCUUGUACCAUGGAAAAUGCCUUACACAAAAUCACUGCUGAUGCUAUGUUGUGGUUUCUUCUUCAGACUUCUAUUUCCUUGACAAACUGCAUCUUUGAUAAUUGCCGAUAAUUCAAUAAUAUUUUCUUUAAAUUAUCUCAGGAUUUCAUCUUCUGCAGUGAACACAAUAUACAGCAAAAGGCUCAAAAAUAUUACAGGGCUCAUGUUUGCAGGUGCAGCAGUGAAUUUAUUUAUUUUAAAGCAAAAAUUUAAUAUCACAAAUCUUUAUACAACUAAUGUUUUUCAACCAUUCAUCUGUUUUGAUACCUGCGAGACCACUGCUCAUAUUGCUCCUUCCUCAAACAACAGGACUUACAGUGAGGUGUUCAAGACUUGCCUUGUAUAAGUAAGCAAUAACUACCUUGCCCAUAUGAUUUUGAAGAUUGGUUGUCUUGUGCUUUAAAACUGCGGGUAAAGUUUAACUCUUCCUGUGUAUUUCAGUCUUCUCUGUAAAUUUCAGUAAUUGUCUUGGUUUAUUUUGAAUUUCUCAUGUGCUGGGAUAACCUUUUACCCUAUUUCUUGUAUAGUUAUUUUCUUGUCACAGUGUUAAUUUUUUUAUGGCAAAAUAG